GUGAUUGUGUCCUCAAUAAACGUGACUUCCUGAUUGUGUAUACUGUAGAUGGUACUGAAACAAGACUCAUAAUAAACGCUAAAAUAAUGCCAAACUGUGAUACAUUAACACUUGUAAAUCAGCAGAAUAGUGGAUCUUUAACCUUUUAUGGAUAUAAGAAGUAGAAUCAUUCAAGUGUAUUCACUCUUCAAGUUAUAUUCAAGAAAUGAUGAUCACAGCAGUUGUCUUGAGAGUUUGUUUUCACAUAUUUUGUUUUGUAGAUGAGACAAAAGAAAAAUGGAUUGGUAGAACUAUGAAAGGCAGUCUUGAGUUGAUAAGAAAACCGAAUACAUCACAUGUUGCCAGAAUGGUUGGAUCUGAUGAUUUCAAAGCUAAGAAGAAAUAUAAAAUUGUUCGACAAUCUCAACCAUAUGGAACUCUAUCUGGAGGUGCUGGUCUCCUAUUCAUAGCAUACGCAGCAGAUACAGAGAAUUUCGAUUUCAUGCUGGAUCGAAUGACUGGUUAUAGUGAUGACAAGAUAAAUGAUUAUAUAAUGAUAUUCAGUGAAUGUGUUACAGGAAACUAUUGGUACUUUCCUAGUCAGCUUGAGUUUAACCUUCUAGUCGGUAAUCUGCCAAGAGGAAUUUGGUUUUAA